UUUAAAAUUGAGGUUUCCUUUAUACAUCAUUUUAAAAAAAAGCCCAAACUCAAUGUUAAAACAUCCCUUUGCAGGUGACUUUGAAGAGUGAGGAUUGGCGUGCGAGCAGUGACUGAGAAACGCAGGACGGGUAGCACAGGCUCACCAUGUGUGUGGGUAGAAAGGCGAAUGAGACACCAAGAAGCAUCACCGCCCUCUGGUGUGAACCCCAUCCUCCAGCCACCCAGUGGAAUGACUCCUGUCUGGAUUCUCUCUCUAUCCCAGCAAGUGAUGGGGCAGUGGAUGAGAACCAGGAGGAGAAUUCUCAGCAGCAAGGUCCUGAACAAGUGGAACCACGUGGGACGUCAUCAAGAAGAUCCGAUGGGGACGUUUCCCAGAGUCCUGAGCAUGGAGACACUUGUGACAUCCAGCGCAGGCCAGAGAGGCCUCAGAGAAAUGGCCAAUCAACCCAGUGUGGAGGGGGUCCGAAGGGACUUGGAGAUGCAAAGAAGACCCCUCCGGCUCCGAAUGCCUACCCUGACUGUGGGAAAAGCUUCCACUGUAGCUCGGACAUUGUCCAGCAUCAGAGGACCCACACGGGUGAGCGACCCUACCACUGUGCCGAGUGCGGGAAGAGCUUCGGCUACAGCUCCUCCCUCAUCAAACACCAGAGGACCCACAUGGGCGAGCGACCCUACAAGUGUCCCAAGUGCAGGAAGGGCUUCAGCCAGAGCUCCAACCUGACAGAGCACCAGAAAACCCACAGCGCUGCCACACCUUACACGUGCCCCGACUGUGGGAAAGGCUUCAAGGUGAGGUCCAACUUCCUCCACCACCGGCAGGUGCAAACUGGGGAGCGGCCCUACCGAUGCACCGAGUGUGGGAAAGCCUUCACCCAGAGCUCCGACCUCAUGAAACACCAGUGGAGCCACACGGGCGAGAGACCCUAUCAAUGCCCUGACUGCGAGAAGCGCUUCACCCGCAACACGUACCUGGUCCAGCAUCGCCGUGCCCACACCGGCGAGCGCCCCUACCACUGCCCUGACUGCGGGAAGGGCUUCGUGGUCAGCACGCACCUCCUUGCCCACCAGAGGGUGCACACGGGGGAGAUGCCCUACCGCUGCGCCCAGUGUGGGAAAGGGUUCAAGGUGCGGUCCAAUCUCCUGCACCACCAGGGAAUCCACACUGGGAACAAGCCUUUCAAAUGCCCGGAGUGCGAGAAAAGCUUCAGUCGCAGCUCCGACCUGCUCAUCCACCAGCGACUGCACACCGGGGAAAGGCCCUUCAAAUGCACUGAGUGCGGGAAGGGCUUCAGCCGCAGAUCGGACCUCGUGACGCACCACAGGAUCCACACAGGCGAGAAGCCCUACACAUGCCCCGAGUGCGGGAAGAGCUUCACACAGAGGUCCCAUCUGGGGGUUCACUGGAGAACCCACACCAGGGAGAGGCCCUGCCAGUGUGCGGACUGUGGGAGGAGCUUCAGUCAGAAAUCGGCCCUGGCGAAACAUCGGCGAGUGCACCUGGCAGAGAGGCAUGAUCUGCAGCCCUGAUUGCGGGGGUGGGUGGAUAAUCGAUGUUUUCAGAGUGGGGGCAGUUCUAAAAGAAAUAAAAAUAUUUAAAAAAACUUGGUCCAGGCGAAACCAGCUCUAAAAUUUUUGGAGACUUGAAAAUAAAGCCCAUUGUGGACAUGUUCCACCGCAGGGAUUUGAAGCUAGGUCUUUCAUGUCCUGGGUAAGUGUCCCACCCACUCUUUGCCUUGCUUGGUGUCUCUUUUUGGCCCAAGGAGUGAUCUAGGGAGCCCCACCUUGGAAUAUCCCACUGCUCACUGGCUAGGUCAUGCUUCCAAGAAGUAGGAGACCCCUGUUCCAAUACUUUCUCUGGCAAAGGGAGGAAACUGAACCUUGAUUUCUCACAGCCAAAGUGAGUAUCUGAACCAGUGGGCUAAACAUGGCGGGAGGGUCAGCAGCAGCUCCUUCGUUUUGUGAAUAGCUGAAACUAUUCGUGUCACAUUUGUAAAUAGUUUCAGGUAUUUUUCACUGAAUAAAUUAUUUGUCCCCCCAAAAAUUUGCCCAGCUCUACACAGGACAUGUUAGCCUCUGCAGAGCCAAUUAUUUACAUUGCAAUAGCACCCAAAUUGACAUAGAUGCUCCAUUGUGCUAGGCACGGAGAGAGUCAGCUCCUGGCCCAAAGAGUUCAUCAUCUAAAUAAAACAGAUACAGAGAGGACAGCCUAUAAAUCCUCAUUGCACAGCUAAGACAAAGAGAGGAUGUGACUUGACCAAGGUCAUGCAGGAGACCAGUGGCAGGGCUGGGAAUAACACCCAGGUGCUCUGAGUUCCAGCCCAGUGCCCACCCCACUAGGCCCGUACUUCUUAAGUAACGUGCUAUGAUUACAGCUGUGUGAAGAAUGGGUUUUUUCAGUUGGCAAGCACAGUAGAACCUCAGAGUUAUGAACACCAGAGUUAGGAAUUGACCGGUGAUCCACACGCCUCAUUUGGAACCGCAAGUACGCAAUCAAGCAGCAGCAGAGACCUAAAUAAAUAAAGCAAGUACAGUACAGUAAGGCUGGUAUGUCCGGCUAUGGUUGGGUUAGAUUCCCAAGUAUGUGACAGCUGGAUGGAAUGACAGGUUUUCCCCAGAGACCUCCUUCAGUCUCCUGAUCUCUGACAGCUCUCACCUGCCCCCUGAUUCAUCAUGUCUCUCACACCUUUACCACCCACAUGGCAUCUCUUAAGCCUGAUGAGGGGUCCUCUUCAUCCAUGGCCCAGGACAGUCACUGUUGUUCCUUCCUGCUGUCACAUACUUGGGAGUCAACCUUGACCCUAGUUGGACAUACCGGCUUCACCCGGAACACCUGGAAAUGAAGAUCUCUUCCUGUACUGCCUCUUCGUACACCUGUAUUGGACCUGGUGUUUGUUCCAGUUGCAUACAGCUUUGCAGUCUGGGGGGAGCGCAGCUUCACGACACAGAGCUGAAUUGGGCCGCUCAUGUUCUCAGCGUACUCUUGCAUAUGAGAGAGAGGAGUCCCCUGAUGAGUCACAUGGGCCCCCACACCCUCAAAGGCCAGUGUCACCCUGUGUCCGGGUUGCCAACCUGAAAAGAUUGAGAAACACUGGUCUAGACCAUGUUGCCACCAUGAUUGUACUCCAGGUCCCAUUAUAAGGCUUGUUUGAAUUCCAGAGCAUUAAAAUAAACUAUCCUGAUUAGAAAUGUCGACUUUUAGUUUUAAAGUUUCUAACUCAAGAAUGGUUUGUUGCCUCCACUUCCGACUUGCCACAUGGUCGGCUCUCCCUGAAAACCUUAAUUCCAGGCCUAAUUGUGAGAAACCAGGCUGCAAUUAAGCAAGUCGAUGAGUAAUUUUUGGGAGGUGUAGUCCAGAGGAAGGAUGGGCUAGCACGAUGAUACUGAGACUGGGGCUUACAAGCCACAAGUGGCUCUUUAAUGUGUUUCUGGCAACUCUUUGCAGCACAUGAUAUUAAAACACUGUGUGAUUUAAUUAUUAACCGAUCUAAGUUAUUAACCAAUCAGGUCGCUUUUACAGUAGAACUUCAGAGCUCCGAACACCUCGGGGACAGAGGUUGGUUGUAACUCUGAACAAAAUGUUAUGGUUGUUCUUUCAAAAGUUUACAACUGAACAUUGACUUGACAGCUUUGAAAAUUUACUGUGCAAAAGAAAAAUGCUGCUUUCCCUUUAUUUUUUUAGUAGUUUACAUUUAACAAAGUACUGUACUGUAUUUGCUUUAUUUUUGUCUUUUCUCCACUGCUGCUUGAUUGUGUACUUCUGGUUCCAAAUGAGGUGUGUGGUUGACUGGUCAGUCUGUAACUCUGGUGUUCGUAACUGAGGUUCUACUGUACUAUGUUAUGAACCAAUUAAGUUAUUAAACAUGCACUACGUUAUUAUUAUUAUUUCAGUUAUUAUUAUAAUAACUUAUAAUAAUAAGUUAUUAUUAUUUCACUAGGAGGGUGGUGAAGCACUGGAAUGGAUUACCUAGGGAGGUGGUGGAAUCUCCAUCCUUAGAGGUUUUUAAGGCCCGGCUUGACAA